UCAAGCGUGAGCUACGGAACGAAGUAGUGGCGGUGAGACGGGAACGUAGUUACCGACAGAUUGAGCUGCAAACAUGGCUCGAAAUGCAGAGAAGGCCAUGACGGCCUUGGCAAGAUUCCGACAAGCCCAGCUUGAGGAGGGCAAAGUAAAGGAAAGGAGACCCUUUCUUGCAUCCGAAUGCAAUGAAUUGCCAAAAGCAGAGAAGUGGAGACGGCAGAUCAUCAGUGAAAUUUCCAAGAAGGUUGCACAAAUUCAAAAUGCUGGUUUGGGUGAAUUUAAGAUCCGAGACUUGAAUGAUGAAAUCAACAAGCUGCUUCGAGAGAAGGGACAUUGGGAGGUUCGGAUCAAGGAGCUGGGUGGUCCUGACUAUGGGAGAGUUGGACCAAAAAUGUUGGACCAUGAAGGGAAGGAGGUACCAGGAAACAGGGGGUACAAGUAUUUUGGUGCUGCCAAAGACCUGCCUGGAGUAAGAGAGUUGUUUGAGAAAGAACCAAUGCCUCCCCCAAGAAAGACUCGAGCAGAGCUCAUGAAGGACAUUGAUGCAGAGUACUAUGGCUACAGAGACGAGGAUGAUGGAGUCUUGGUACCUUUGGAGCAGGAAUAUGAGAAACACGCCAUGGCAGAAGCUGUUGAGAAAUGGAAAGCAGAGAGAGAGGCACGGCUGGCUGGGGAAGGAGGGCCUGACAAAGAGGAGGAGGAGGAGGAAUACAUUUAUGCUGUCCGGGAAGAAGAGCACUCUGAUGAUGAGAUGAGAGACCAGACAGAGGGAGGGGAAGGAGCUCAGACGUUCAUUGCCCAUGUCCCUGUGCCCUCACAGAAGGAGAUCGAAGAAGCGUUGGUCAGAAGGAAGAAGAUGGAGCUGUUGCAAAAAUACGCCAGUGAAACCCUCAUGGCGCAGAGUGAGGAGGCCAAAACGCUGCUGGGGUUGUAGUAGACGCUGUGGGGUUGUAAGCAGACAGCGGUUUUAUACCAGUCCUCUCUGGAGAGGCAUUGACCUUAGGAGCUAAGUGACAUACAUUUGCCUUUUCCACAGAGGAACCAUGAUGAGUCUCUGACUUCCCUUGGUGUAAAAUGUCACAUAGUUCUUAUCGACAGAUUAGUAUUGAUUGGUC